AGACAUUCUAGACCGGGAAGUGACGUUGAUUUCCUCCCCAACAGCAGUGGCCAGUUCCUUCCCCCCUCUUCUUUCUGCUCUGCUUCCCUUCUCAAAGAUCCCAGAACUUUUCUUUUGAUCGCCGAAGUUCUUGCCAUCGCCCUGUCUCUUAUCGUCUCACAAAAGAAGCAAAGCCACCGCCACGCAGGAGACGUCAUUCCGAAGGGUGGUGCUAUCAUUGCAUUGAAACGCAACCCUCUCUCUCUCUCCUCUCCUCUUAAAUUCAUUCAAUCUCGCCCCAGUCCUCCCAACUACACUUGGCUCACUUCCAACACACCUAUCGAACAAAAUUACCCGACUACAGAGUUCCACCUCUACAAUUACUUUUACAUCUCCCUACCGCAUCCCCACCGAACAACUACACAAGGGAAAGACCAUCAUAAAAUGUCCAUCAACAAAUCCCGAACCAAUCGUCCCGACUCAGACGUCAUCCAGCUCCCAACAGACAACUCAGCAGACCGCUCCGGUAUCGCCUCCUCUUCCGGGGCUGAUCUGGGUGCAGCCGCCGGUCCCACUAGCACAAGGACAGAAAAGCCAUGGAAACCGCCUGUGGUUCGCCAGCAGAGCUGGAGCAACGAGGACCAGAAGCAUGAGCUGCAGACUCGGUUGUUGGAUUUGGAGGAUGAGGAGGGAGACAGGCCCGGAUUCUCGGAGGCGCCGGCGGGGGUUCACUAAUCGGGUUCGUGGAGGUUGGAUUGGGUGGUGAAGGGAAUGGGCGACCGAUGAUUAUGAUAGCGGGUGG